AAAGCUGACAGAUUACAGUUGCUUCAUUUGCCGCCGCUCAGUAUUCUACUGAGCCUAUUCGCAAUUACUAAAUUUGUAACAAUAGUACAACCAAUUUGUGCAUUUAAAAAUGUCGCAGGUUUGUAAGCUCGGUUUGUUGAUCAGCAAUCGAUUGACCCCCGCCGCCAUCCGCCGCAAAUCAACAUGGUUUUCGGAAGUGCAAAUGGGUCCCCCUGAUGCUAUUCUGGGAGUUACAGAGGCCUUCAAGAAGGAUCAGAACCCCAAGAAAAUUAAUUUGGGCGCUGGCGCCUACCGUGAUGAUAAUACUCAGCCCUUUGUGCUGCCUAGUGUGAGGGAGGCGGAAAAGCGAGUAGUGAGCAAGAAAUUGGACAAGGAGUAUGCCACCAUUAUUGGCGUUCCCGAGUUCUACAACAAGGCCAUUGAGCUGGCCUUGGGCAAGGAAUCCAAGCGUCUGGCUGCCAAGCACAAUGUCACCGCCCAGUCCAUCAGUGGAACUGGAGCUCUUCGUAUCGGAGCUGCCUUCCUAUCCAAAUUCUGGAAGGGCAAUCGCGAAAUCUACAUCCCAACGCCAUCGUGGGGCAACCAUGUGGCCAUUUUCGAGCACGCUGGACUGCCAGUGAACCGCUAUCGCUACUACAACAAGGAUACCUGUGACCUGGACUUUUGCGGACUGAUCGAGGACCUAAAUAAAAUCCCAGAAAAGAGCAUCGUCCUCCUGCACGCCUGUGCUCACAAUCCCACUGGUGUGGAUCCCACUUCAGAGCAGUGGCGCGAGAUCUCGGCGCUGGUGAAGAAGCGUAACCUGUACCCCUUCAUCGACAUGGCCUAUCAGGGCUUCGCAACCGGCGAUGUCGAUCGCGAUGCCCAGGCGGUUCGCAUCUUCGAGGCCGAUGGCCAUGACUUCUGCUUGGCCCAGAGUUUCGCCAAGAACAUGGGAUUGUAUGGCGAGCGUGCUGGUGCCUUCACCGUCAUGUGCUCCGAUAAAGAGGAGGCUGAUCGUGUCAUGUCCCAGGUGAAGAUUCUGAUCCGUGGUCUCUACUCCAAUCCCCCCGUUCAUGGAGCCAGAAUUGCGGCCGAGAUCCUCAACAACGAGGACUUGCGCGCCCAGUGGCUGAAGGAUGUGAAGCUUAUGGCCGAUCGCAUCAUCGAUGUGCGCAGCAAACUGAAGAAUAACCUGGAAAAGUUGGGCUCCACCCAGAACUGGGAUCACAUCGUCAACCAGAUUGGCAUGUUCUGCUUCACGGGCCUGAAGCCGGAGCAGGUUCAGAAGCUGAUAAAGGAGCACAGCAUCUAUCUGACCAACGAUGGACGCGUUUCGAUGGCCGGCGUCACCAGCAAGAAUGUGGAGUACCUGGCCGAGAGCAUACACAAGGUCACCAAGUAGGGUGGCGUAAGGAGAAAGCACAGUUGAUAUCGCAGUAGAGGAUGUAGGAGUUUCACUAGUAGCUACCUAUCGGCACCUGUACGAAUUUUAAUGGCACCAAACGAAAUUGAGAAGUAUAGUUGAACUAAAUGCAUUUUGCACACUCUCUAUCUACAUUUAUAUCUCUGUAAAUAAGCUAAAUUAUCUGCCGUUUUAAAAGUAAAGCAUUUUACAAAUAGA